CUUCAAUCACUUCGCCGUGAACUUCGGCUUUCCUGCAAGAAUCCAUCAUGACAUGGGCAGAGAAUUCGAGAAUCAGAUGUUUUCCCAGCUGCAAAAGAUCUGUGGUAUGCGUGGCUCCCAUACUACCCCAUAUCACCCACAGGGAAAUGGUCAAGUGGAGCGUUUUAAUAGAACUCUCCUGUCCAUGUUGAGAACACUGACCGACGAUGAAAAAGCAGACUGGAAAAGCUCUCUGGCAAAAAUAGUGCAUGCUUACAAUUGCACUCGGAGUGAGGCUACGGGGUUUUCUCCUUACUAUUUGCUGUUCGGCCGCUCUCCUCGACUCCCUGUAGAUAUCUUGUUCAACUUACCAUCAAAAGAGCAGCAAGUAAGCUACACAGAGUAUGUGGCAAAAUGGCAAUCACAAAUGAAAGAGGCCUAUGAGAUUGCAUCAGCAGCAGCUCAGAAAGAGGCUUCGCGAGGCAAACGAUAUUAUGACCACAAGACCUACGGAGCCCAACUGCAUCCUGGCAACAGAGUCCUGCUCCGCAAUCUCAGAGAAAGAGGAGGGCCUGGCAAGCUCCGUUCACACUGGGAGGAUACAGUGUACGUGGUGGUGAGUCAAAAGAGCCCUGACAUGCCGGUGUAUGAGAUCAAACCUGAGAGAGGGGACAAAAGCCGCACAGUACACAGAAACCUGUUGCUUCCAUGUGACAGCUUACCUGUGGAAAAGCCGGAGAGGAAGGGGCGAGAAAAAAGCAAGAAACGUCGGAGACAAAAUAAGGGGGAAGAUCAGCAACAGCUACAACAACAGGGCACAGAUGUGGAAAGUGAGGAGGAGGGGGAACUUGUGUGGAGGUUGCCACAGCAACACAACAAUGAUGGCAGAGUUACUGCUCCAACUCCUGGCGUUGAGGCCUGGAAACAACAGGUGGGAGAACUUCAAGAAAGAGGGAGUGAGCCGGAUGUAGAGGAGGCGGAGCUUGAGCUGCAGAUCACACAGGAUCAUCACGACCAACAGGAGCAACACAAAGAACACACAUCUGAUGAAGAAGAACACCAACACCAAGGGAACAGAGACUCUGACAUAGAACAGUGGUCAUCACCUCUGACAGUCCACACUCAUCCUCAGAGAGAGCGGCGGCAGCCAAGGAUGCUGACGUAUGAUACGCUGGGACAACCUACUGUCAGACAAGCUGGUAUGGGCUGCAUAGAGAUGGGCAAAACAGCACCUUGCUUCCAGAGACUGUGGCGCCCCUGGGUGCUCAUGGACGCAAACAAGGGGCUGGAGACUAUGGUAAACUGAUACAGUUUAAAGAGACUAAGAUAUAAAAAAAAAAAAAAAAAAGAGAACAUUGCAAGGAAAACGCUGAAAAAAAAGGAUGGACAGAAUAUUAUUCAUCUUAACAGAUCUUAACAGUAAAGACUGUAGUGUCACAGAUUGAAAUUAAUAUAGUGACAAAUACAUGUUAUGGUGUCUUCAUAUGUAAACAAUGGAAGAGUGGUAACAGACUAAAGUGAAGUGUCGGCCGAGUAUUGAGUCUAGUUACAGUAGAAUUCAUCACAGUGAGAUGAAGUUGUUUACUAAUCUUGAUGGGAAAAUAAUGGUUACUCUCCAUAUGAUUUGCUCUGAUGUAUCAACUGAGCAGUGCUAACUUCUAUGGUUUUAAAUGUGUUUAACCUAAGUAUGCUUUUAUUGGACAGGUAAGUGCCAAUAGGGUGCAACCAUGAUUAUUAUUCAAGAAUAGACACUAGUUGUACAGUAUUGGGUUAAUGGAGUAACAACAAUUUUUUUUAUUUUAUUUUAUUUUUUUUAUUAUUUUUUUAUUAAGUAGGGGAGGGUGUGGCACCCUGGGCAUUUCAUGAGUUCAAAUUGUUUCCAGAAUUGUGUUUAGAUUAGUUUAUGUUAGUAACCUGGCCCCCACCAUUAUUUUUGUGAUUAUAAUUAUUAUUUUUAAUACUUGUGUAAAUAGGAGAAAACUCAUCUGAUUUCUGUUGAAGUUGACUUAUUAGUUAUAAUACUUCUCACCAAUAGGUGGCGGUAGCGGCCUGGUAAUAUGAAUGACUGACGCUGUAAAACCGUUGGUUACGGAAGUCCGCUCAGUCAUAUCAGAGACAGUUACAGGAGCGUAUGUGAGAACUCACACUGUCUUUUGUUUUCUGUUUGGUUGCAGCAUUUCUGAUAAUAAAAAUAAAAUCCUCUUACACCUGG